GCGAGUGGGCGUGGCUACGCGCAGUUUGGUUGCAUCGGACGUCGCUUAUCAACUUUUGCAACUAGAGGAUUCUUGCGAAGCUACUUACUUAGCAGCUUUGAAAACAUUUACUCGACUCGAAUCGUGUGUGCUGUUGUGCACGACCGUGACCCGGGAGUCCGCUUUAGGAGCCGCGAUCGUCGGUAAAGCAGCGAGAAGCAGGCGAAGUGACGAGGAGACUCCAUUUUCGGAUGCAGCUCUGACUGAGGCUAGCUAGCAGCCCAGUGCAACUGCUCGCGAGGCUAGGCUAACUUUCCCUUCCAGGCGAACGGGGAGCUGCAGCAAGCAGAGCUGCCUGCGGUUAUUUGACGAUACUUUCGUUGACUACAAAAAGACUCCCAGCAUGCUGAUGGUGGGAGGCAAUGGACGGGUGCACUAGAAUGAGUGUGAAGGAACUGUGUGAGACCGAUGACCUGGCCACCAGUUUGGUGCUGGACCCUCUUCUGGGCUUCAGCACCCACAAAAUGAACAUCAGUCCCCAACCAGAGAUCCGGCGAUGGGGGAACCUGAAAGAAACCUUGUUGCGGUUCCAGCGCACGCACGACUUCAACGCUGCGUUCGAGGCCCUGACGGUGGGAGAACCGGCGGGCGACUUCUUCGGUGCUUUGGGAAGCCAUCGACAGGAGCUGCUGAGACAACAUGUCUACCGCUACCUCAGUGCCUUCCUGCUGGAUAGUGGCAUCAAGAUCGAGCCCUGCGACAGAUACUCCUCAGAGACGAACGGUGCAAAGAUAACAUCCACCAGGCACUGGUUUAUAGGAGAACGCGUGGAGGUCCUGUUGGGCUGCAUUGCAGAGCUGAGUCCGGCGGACAGUUGCUUUGUGACAGCAGGGGUCAAUGACUUCAGCGUCAUGUACUCCACGCGCAAACGCUGCGCUCAGCUGUGGCUCGGGCCUGCAGCUUUCCUUAACCACGACUGCAAACCAAACUGCAAGUUCGUCCCCUGUGAGAAAAACGUCGCCUGCGUGGAGGUGAUUCGACCCAUAUCGCCUGGGGAGGAGAUCACGUGUUACUACGGCGCCAGCUUUUUUGGCGAAGGCAACGAAAUGUGUGAAUGCUGCACCUGUGAAAGGAACGGGGAGGGUCACUUCAAACACAGAGGAAAACAGCCCGAAUGCGAGGAGACAAAGGAGCCCGGGGGCCAAAAGUACCGCCUGAGGGAGCGAUACCUCCGUCAUCAAAGGGAGAGAGGCCACUUUGCUGCGAGGCCAGUCACACCUGGAUUACACUCUGGCAUCUUCAAAGCCAUCCCGUCGAGGAACUCCUUCACCCAGCAGAUGAGGAGAAAUGCCCUGAAGAACAGAAAACUGACCCAAACCAAGACGUGGAGAGAGAAGCAGAGACUUUCUGGAAGGCGGGUCAAACGGUGUCAGACGGUCCCGCCUCUGUCGAACGUCACUCUGAAGAACCUCAGUAUCCGAGUCCGGCGCCACACGGUGGAUUUUUUACUUCACUGCAAGAAUCCCAAAAGCAAAGAAAGGGCUUUGCUUCAGGAACUGGAGGACAUGAACCUCAAAGGUCACUCCACCGGCGAGCAGAAUGGCAGCAGGGCGCUGAAGUUAAAACCUCUGACCCUCAACUCUUCCAGACCAUCCCAGCAGAAGACCAGAGAGGCCCUGAACAGAGCAGGUCUGGACAGGAAGCCCGUCAAAGUGGCGGGCAAGCCCACUCCUCCCGUCAGGUCCUCUUCCAGAGCAAAAAGUACGGUUGAGCCCACCACACAAACUCAGACUAUGAAUGCUGACAAAUCCAGCUGUGAAGUUACACAGGAAGAGAAGAAGACCGCAAUCGCAGAAGGUCAAAGCAACAAGAGCAGCAGUUCUGAGUCCUGCACCAUCACCGCGGACCAAACUCUGUCUGCCGAGCACAAAACCGUCAGGUCCUCCUCCCUGAUGGAGGUCUGUAAAAGCAUCACAGUUGGGUCAAAAAAGGCAGCAGACAAUCAAACGGUGUCUCUGAAGCAAUACGUCACGGUCAACCUGACCAGGUUAUCGGUGCCGCUGACUCCACUGGCUGCUGCUGACGCUAAACAAACGGCUGUGGUCUCAGGUUCAAGGAAACAGCGUCCCAGACCGCGGAGCAGAAAGCGGAGUUCCAGGUCUGACCGCUGCGCGGGUGAAGGGAACGGAGAGAAGAACGCAACGUUUAUCCAGACCAAAGACAGACUGAACUUACAGGAAACGGAGGUUUGUCACAAAAACAGGACCAAUACGGUUACAAAACCUUUGAAACAAAAGAGCCAGCAGGACAUCGAGAAAGAGGAAACUCUACCGCCGAGAGAAAGAAGAAACGAUCUGGCAAAUGUUGUCCAAUGUAAAGAUGAAUGCGACGUGAAAGCAAAAGAGACGGUUUUUGAAGACAAUGGUGGCGGAAAUAAGAUCAAAAGUGUUUGUAAGCAGAUUCCGAAGGUGUCGGAACAAAUCAAGCAGAACUUCAAGGAGCAGCCAGUUUGUCCAAAUAAGGAAGUUGUAAUAAAACGGGCAAAAGUUUUACUGUCAGAUAUUUUAGGGAAAGGUCAGUCGCUAAAAGAGAGAGUACUUUUGGAGAGUUUAAGGUCCUCGGUCUCCACAGAGACGCUAAGAGUCAAGGAAGAGCUAGAAGAGACGGAAAUAAACGGCAGCAGGUGUCUUCGAUCCUUAAGAAGGAAGACUGCGAGCGGUCAAAAGAGAAAUCUUAGACCUGCAAAAACAAAAGCUGACAGCAAACAAAGCAAGGGUGAAGCGCCAGCUUCAGCUAAAGCAGCGAUGAACCAGGAACGUUUCCAGCCUCAGUGUCCACAGAGGCAGGACGACCCAGUGACCUCCUGUCCCAGCCCGCUACCUCACAGAUCACCAAGUUUAGCAAAAGCUGCAACCAACCUAAAGACAGACACUAACCCGCAGCUGCACACGCAGUCCAACAUACCUCUGAAGAAACGCACGUUUCGCAGUUCCGUGGAAGUGGACACGGAGCAAAGUCGCCAUCCUGCCUGUGAGCAAAUUCCCCCCAAAAUUCCUGACCUGGACUUAGCUCCAAAGCAGAAGGACGUUGUGGGUUCGCAGGAGAGGGACGGCAAAGUCAGGUGCAGAGCAGAAGGCCCGGCAAGAAAAAAGAUGAAACCCGCCAAAAGUAGACGAGUGCUUAGGUCCAGAGCAAACCGAGUGCAGCGAAGACAUCUAGCGAGGAAAGCGAAAAGAGGUCCAUCGGAGAAGCGAAAGGAGCCCGCCGCUGCUCAGGAACGACAGACCGACAACACAAAGGAGGCGGACGCAGCUGAAACCCAGCAGGAAGGAAGUGAAAGUCAAGGGAACAAGCAGGUGGAUGAACACAGUAGUUCUGAAGACACCAAACCGACCCUGGAUUUUAAGAUCCGCCUGAAGAGAAGAAGAGGCCGAGUGUGGGAAAUGCAGAGCGAAAACAUGCCGCUAAAGGCGGAGAAAGGAGACGACGUGGUGCCGUGUGAUCCUUUCAAAGCCAUCAUGGAUUCUGUGUCCAUUCUGAACAUGGAGAUGGAGGCAGCUCAGGCUCAUGUGCACGCCAGCAAGAAGUCACGGAACCGGUUGCACCGCUUGAAAAGGAGGGCGGAGAAAAUGAGCGGAAAACAAGUUUCCGGUUCAGCUGCAGCUCGCCAAGCGCCUGCCAGAUCCCCUGAACGCACCGGGCCGAGAGACUCUGUCAACGGAAGAGUGGCCAAUAAGGAGACGUUCGCGGGAUCGCAGCAGCUUUCAGGAUCAACAGAGAACCAAAAUGGUGGCGGUGUUGCAUCCCCAUUGAUGGGGCGUGAAACAAAAACGGAGGAUCGAUUUCUAAAUAAUUGCUGCCUGUUUGAAAGUGGGUUGGAACCAAAGCUGGAGUCCAAAUUAGACGAUAUUUCAUUACCAGUAAUCAAAUUACGGAGGAAAGUGGAGGAUAUUUGGGAGGUGGACAGCAAGGACGGUCUCCUGCAGCCUGACCGUGAGUCAGAACUCUGCAUUAAGAGGGAGAUCAGGGGUCUUGGGUCAGACAAAAAGCCUAAAGGAUGCACGGAUUGCAGUGCUUUCAAAGAGGAGAAACUGAACAGCAUCGCAGCCCCGCUGAAAACAGAACCGCCCUCCUUCACUCUGUCUCUGUCACCAUUAUCGCUUUCGUCGCCGGUCAGUGAAAGUAGAACGGAAGUCCCACCCUCUGCUGCAGAGAGAACCGCCGAUAGGUCUGAGAUGAACAGCGGAGGCAGGAAACCCAGGCACAAAAUGGAGAGACCGCGCAGGUGUGCGCCUGUGGAAGCCCCGCCCACCUGCCUGAGUCACACGCUCCAGCAAAUCGACAACAGCCUGUCCAGGCUCUCCGAGGGCUUGUGUUCCUCUCAGACGUUGGAGAAGCCGGCGGACGGCUCCUCGGAUUCCAACUCUGUGGUCCAGCCGUCGUCGCAGUCUCCUCUGUUCGCGGCUGCAGAAAACAUGCUUUCUGCUGAGCCCAGCUUCACCAACUGCUGUGAGGACAUCCUAGACUUUCAGUGUCUGAACUUUGAGGGGUAUUAUCAGCCACAGAGCAUGCUGCCGUCGUCUCCGUCAGACCUGUGUUCCCUGGAUCCACCCACCGAUCCCUUUAGCAGCCCGCUCUCCCACAGCCCGGCUGACACAUGGACCACAGAAACGCCGUACCUCGGCCCGCCCAGUCCAGGAAAUAACUUCACUAGUGAGGAUUUGCAGUUUUUUCCGGGCCUCAUUUCUUCUAAAAGUGAAGCUGCCGCUUUGGAAUGUGAAGCCAGAGAGGCAGCUAAAGACAGAAACCCUCUCAAUCCCACUUUUGGCUUCGUGGGAAACUCCGACUUGACCACAAAGGAUCGAAUUAUUAGCAAAAACCUUGCAACGAGAUCUAGAGAGGACCUCAAAACACAGUCUGUGUCUGUGGCCGGCAAGCCUCGUUUGUUUGGUUCCACCCCGUCUUCUGCUAUGCCUCAAAAUCCUGUUACUUUGACCCAACCAUCCAUCAGCAUCCGGCCCAGCACCAGCCAGUGUAAAAGCCAGUCCAACCUCAAAAGCCACGGGCCUUUCCAUCGCAUGACCAUUCCGGGAAAACCCCAGUCGUUCCCAACCGGUCAGUCGAGCACAGCUAGAGCUUCACCUCAAACGUCCAACAGAUUCCUCAGUCCUCAACUUUUGUCUGUGAAAAACCCCAAUCCUCCCGAAAGUCCAUACAGUUUCCAGGAGAAGUCCUCCACGGUUAUCCACAGGGUUUUGAAGUUUCAGGGGGGGAACCAGACGCAGAACUUAUACAGCGCACCUAGCAAAGACACUAUGGCUGCUGCUGACCCGUCUGUCACGGCCAGGACACAUGCUGCUAAAUCAGGUGUUGGCGAGAAGCCCCAUGAGGCCUACGGCAUUGGUGGUCAUCAAAAGAGCAUCAACUCUCUUCACGGGUUCGGUUCUUCCAACAAUCACAGCAGGCCCAGCCUUCAUUUCAACAAAAGCAGUUCUUCCAUUUCACAACCUGUCAACGCAAGGAAGAUGUCUUCGGACAAACAAGACGAAGCCAACAUGACGUACAAAAACUUCUCUGCGAUGCCGAGAUCCUUCGUGUUUCCCUGCAAAGACAGCUACGCCUCACUGCACGAGAAGAGCUUGAAGCUGGAUAAGCCCAGCAUGCCAACCUCUGAGAAGAACCAGCCGUGUUACACCCAACAGGACCCCUUUGAUUACAGCUUUGGGUCGUCGCUUUCGUCCAUGACUCAGCACAGCAGCCCCCAGGUGAUCCAGAGCACACCCCCUUCCACGCCAGCACCAGCAAACAAGAGCCAGUCCUCAACGUCCUCCUCUUUCCCUUACGGCUACCAAGGUCCUCCGUACGUGCUGAACUUCAGCGGAGACCACUCACUGACUCUGGGUCUCAGGGACGGGGCUGAAGGCUAUCCGGGCUUCGGCUCCACAAACUACACCUACCACUGCCUGAUGGAGCCUUCAGGAACUCAAGGGCGGCUGGUUCUGGAGCCGUGCGGACCCCAGCUCUCCAACGCAGCUAAUUUAGGUAUUUUUUCAGGUCUCAAGAGUCAAGAUGACCACUGCAGGAAAGACCUGCAGCAGUGCCAGCCCGGAGAAAACCAGGCCACGUCACACUACGGUCCAGUCCUAACAUCCCACUCUAUGGGCGCCACAAAACCCAAGAGGGUGAGGCUGGUGGUGACGGACGGUACGGUCGACCUGGACCUCCAGUACUCCGACUGACAGCCGUCAGUUUGCCACAGAAAUGUUUUUGUAAGCAACCGUGGGCUUCGCCAGCGGUACUGUUUUCCAAUGUGUUAUUUCAAUAGACUGUUAUUGUAUAAAUGGUUCUAGAGGGUUUUAUGUAACGCGGGUUUAUCCGAGUGUUUUUCUGGUUUAAUAAGAAGUCCACUACAGUUCACUCAGAAAAACCAAACGCAGGAAGAAUACUCAGCAUUACAUCCGUAUGUGACGGGGUGAAGGUGAAAUCCCCCUCUGCUGUACUGUAACAUAGUCGUGUGAAUUUUCUCCACGCCGUUUGGCGGCCACCGCUGUUUGCUGGUACUUGUUUUGGGGGUUUAAAAAGGCAGCUUUGUGCCUCGGUCUUUGAUAUAUUCGUGACUUUUUGAAGCAACUGUUGAGAUAACGCCGACCCUUCGUUUUUUUUUUUAAUACUUUGUUUUUUUCUUUUCUCAAAUUGUGUGUAAUUUUGUGUGAGAACGUGCAUGCUUUUGGUUGGUAGAACGUGUCCGACCCCAGGACUUUAGUAGUGGUGCAAAAGGACAAAGCCAGUGCAGGAAAAGUGUUACGAAUUGAGCUGUAAGAAGAUAUUCUGGGACAUGUCAUCUGGGUGCAGAUGGGUUUAAUGAACGACACUUUUCAGCAUCUGUUAUCUGGGGACCAGAGGGGGGAAAUACAUUCAUUCCACUUUCCACAAUCUGAAAGGCAAAAUAAAGAAAAUAUUCAAUGUUUCCGUUGCAUCCAAAGUGUGACAAUCCUCCUUAUUUAUUUGUUUUCCCCCAAAUAGACCGAAGAAAGCUUUGGUUUGUUUGUUGCCUGCAGUAGUUACAAACGGUGAUCUUGUGAGCGGAGUUAUUAGCUUGUGAGGGUCGAGUGCGAUUCCCCCUCUUCGUCAUUGCAUUCUGUCUGUCUGUCGGUUGGUGUCAUGUGACGAGGGUGUUCAGUGUGACUGCACAGCCUUACAUUACUAACAUUCAUGUACUGUCUUGAAAUGGAAAGGCCAAUUAUUUAUUUUAAUAUUCUCACUCUUGAAAAGGUGCUUUGAUGUAAUUUAUAUUUCACGUUGAUUGCUGAAACUAGUCAAUGAUUUUGUUUUUGUUAUUAUUAUUUAAUGGGACAAAAUGAUAUUUACAUUGAGUAUUUAAUUUUUAAACCUUUGAAAUUUUAUCCAGUUUUAAAGUGUUGCAGAGAAGCUAGUUCCUUUUUUUAAUUGGCUGUUAGUCUGACUGGAAGUCUGCUGUAGAAAUGUAUAAAUGUAGCCUAUAACAUUAAAGACACUUAAUUCUUUUUAUGCAUCUUUAUCUCUGACUUUUUAUUUCAUUUCCAUGAGUGUAAGUUAUCAUAAAAAACAAGUAUAUUAUAUUUAUAAUACGUUCAAAUUGAUGCAACGCAUGGUUUAGUGGUGUUUAGAAUAUUUAGGUGUUUAGUGGUAUUUGGAUGACAUUUUAGGUCUUGAAAAGUCUCAAGCAUAGGUUCUGGUUGGCAAUUAUUUAUAAGAAGCAGUAAAUGUUUAUAAUGUUUAUAUUGUGUAAAAAAUAACAUUAAAGAUGCAUUUUUUCAACUA